AUGAAGGGGAAAAGCCUCCCGAUAAUCACUUUCGAACACAAGAGGUGGGGUUCAACUGGCUCGCGGGGUCUUCGGAUCUUUCCACGUGGCGGCCUGCCCACUUCCUUUGAUCUUUCCCGGGGAUGACCGCGAAUUCGCUACGUCGUCCGCGUUCUAGGGUUUUUCAUCUGUCUCCGUAUUUUCUGUUUCGCUUCUUCGCCCUCCCAUUGAUCCCCAGCUCUUUGCGUGCCUGACGUGCAAUGCUGCUUGAGAUUUUCGGGCUUCCUCAUUGAUCUCGCGCUUGUUGUUUAAAAUCUUGGGUUUGAUAUCGAUUUUGAACUUAUUCCUUGGGCAUUCAUGGAUCCUGGUCUAUUCUCUCUACCUGUUGGAAGAGCAGGGACGGUUCUUGUGAUUUCUCCCUAGUAGAGGUGGUAGGCUACGUUCGGGGAUCCGCUCCUGCAGAUUGUACCAGUAGAACGAUAGAUCCGGAUCACGCACUAGUUUCGAACCGGUGUUUGCCGCCAUUGACUGAUGCGUCCAAGUGGCAAUCACUGAAAUGGAAGAUUCAAUGGAUAAGAACUUUUAUGUCGAAUAAGAUCAUUUAUGGAAAUAGAUUUCAGGUAAAAUGAAAUGUCGGGUUUACUGACAACGCAAUAAAAUCUCUUUGGCAAUGGAUUUUCUUUUCAAGGCUAAUUCUCUCUGUUAUGAUUUCACUUAUCGUUUUCAUGUGUUUCGUAAAGUGAUAUAUCGCCUUGAGUUCUUAUAGAUUGUGUAUGGUCUUGGGAUAUCCAACAUUUGAACAGGGAUGCAUAUGGGUUUGCGGUACGACCUCAGCAUUUGCAGAGAUACCGAGAGUAUUCGAACAUUUACAAGGUAUGCCAAUAGAUAACUUCUAUCAUUUUUUUUUUUCUUUGAACAUGUUUCAAAAUUGAUGAUUUCUAAGACACUGUCUUCACGAUGAUUCCAGGAAGAGGAAGAAGAGAGAUCGGACAGAUGGAAUGUCUUCCUGGAGCAGCAGGCCGAAUCAACAGAGACGCUUGCAAAUGGAAUAGUGGUGGAGGAAGAAAGAACUGGAUCUAACGUGGAAGGAGAAAGUGUCUCUGAGGAGAAUGGUGCCUCCAGCGUUAGCAGAGAUGACUCUUUGGAUGCUUCCUCCUUGGAGAGAGAAGCAGAGACAAAGGACAUGAAAACCCACUGUAUACAAAUAUGGGCUCGGAUAAGACCUUCACUUAGAGCCAUUGAACAUAUGAUGAGCACCCGUGUUAAAAGGAAGAAUAAACUGGUUGGAGGAGAACACGAUGCGGGGAGAAAAACUUCACAACUAGAUCCAUUUGAAGUGACAAGACAUUCAAGGGCAUCUGAAGAGGACUCUGAGGAUGAGUUCUACGAUGUCGAGAAGACAGAUCCAGUUCAAGAGCCUCCAAGUGACAGUGGCUCUGCUGAUCAUUCUACGUCUUUGGAACCAUAUUUUCCUUGGAAAGAAGAAUUGGAGUGCUUAGUUCAUGGGGGAGUUCCGAUGGCUCUUCGAGGAGAGGUGCCGCCACCAUUACAUCUUCUCUUUGAGUUUCUCUUGCUUUUCUUUUAUCUUCAUUUUUUUGUCGGUGACCCUCUUUCUUACAUUGAAUCCAUACAGCUGUGGCAAGCCUUUGUUGGUGUGGGAGCACGGAGAGUGGAGGGAUACUACCACAGUCUUUUAACGACUGAAGAGAAUAGUAAUCAAAAUGGGCAUUUUAACAGUUCAUCCAACAGUUCAUUUUCAAGUGAUUCUGCAGAGAAGCGAAACAAGUCUCAUGGAUGUGCCCCCGAGAAAUGGAAAGGUCAGAUUGAAAAGGUGAGUUGAUGCAAUUGUUUGCGAGCUAAAUCCUGCACAAAACCUUGCGUCGCCAUGAUAACAGGUUUUCAACACAUUGUCUGGGUUCAUUUGUAGGAUCUACCUCGAACAUUCCCGGGCCAUCCUGCUUUGGAUGAGGAUGGUAGAAAUGCUUUGAGACGUUUGCUUACGGCAUAUGCUCGGCAUAAUCCUUCUGUUGGUUAUUGUCAGGUAUUUCUCAUGAAUGAGACCAGGGUUGUGGCAAUGUAAAUAUCUAGUCCUUAUCAUCUCUUGAUUUGUUUUAUGUUGCCUCUUCGGACGGAUAAAACGAACUACAUCCAAUCUUUUUGGAUUUUCUGGUAUUAUUUAUGGUUAGAAAGGGAAAUAAAUGAUGCCAAAAGUGAGGAACCUCGUCCUAAUGAGAGUCAAUCUUAGUACCAUUGCUGCUUCUGUAUCAAUGCAGAAACUUUCUCAUAGUAAACAAAAGCACGAGUUACUGGCAUUCAUCUCAUUUUUCACCAUUACUGGCAAUCCGCUGUUCUCUACCAAAAAACGAAAAUAAAAUAAAAUCUGGAACCAGGUGUCAGUUUUCAAGAAUAGCAUAAGGAUAUAUGUGCUCACAGAUUCGAUAACAUUACACACAAAUGUGUAGUCUUAAAUUUAUAAUUAUCAUAGUUAAUCGCCUAUCAGGCCCAAGUGCCUUCCCCGAAGUAACUCAGUAAUCCCUCAUUCUUUUAUAUCUGCUCUAUAAUGACGGGUUUUGAGGUUUUACUCAUUUAAGGCCUCUAAAAUUUAAUCUGGGAUGCAGGUUUACUGGCAGUGCAAGUGCAUCCCUCUAUAACAUAUGAACCACAUUUAUGAUAAAUUUAAUUAAAUAUGAAGAAUAAUUAUGCACUGUUUGUUGCUAUAGAGAGCUUUUUGUCUCCUGAGAUAAUAAUGUUGCUACUUGUGGGUUUUUUUAUUGUGUGCUCUGCAGGCCAUGAAUUUUUUCGCAGGCUUAUUGCUGCUGUUGAUGCCCGAGGAAAAUGCAUUUUGGUAAGUAUAUGCAAUCAACAGUACUCAGGUUUUUAUGGGUUCUACUAGUGCAAAAAAUAGAUUUCAAAGAAACAUGUUUAGUGGCAAUAAAUACAAGAGUAGGAGAAAAAAUGGUGACAUUAACUGGAUUUGUAUAUGAAUUGACAGGAAUACUAUCCUUAUAUUCUUGACACCUGCUUGGCUGAAGACCAUUUUGGGGAUCUGAGAGAGUUUCUGUUUUGAUCAUUUCUCCCUUGCACUGUGAUAUUUGUUAUUCCUUCUUGUGGCAUUUCUCAGGCUCAGUGCUAUUUAGGAUUGUUUGGCUACAUUUGUGGGAAUGAGAUGAAUUUUCACUUAUAUGUCAAAGGUUUUCCAGAAUAGUGAAGCUGUCUCCUCAAUCACGGGCAUGCAAUGAACCUCUUAAUCUACACUUUUUUAGUGCAAUGGCCUUUAUGUAGUAGCAAAAUAUUAAUCUGUCAAUGCAUAUGAAUUCUGGGUGGGGAAUGUCUGGAUUUGCCUUUGUUAGUGAGCUGUGUUUCCUUGUUUCCAGUAGCCAGUAGCCUGGCAAGAACAACCUGCUUUGUCAGUGGACAUGAUGAGCGAGUUAUCAGAUGAAACAUCAGAGUAAAAAGUAUAUGUCGACUCCUAGGUCAGACGUACAUGAGAUUUAUAGAUCUGGGGAUUGUAGCACCUGGACGAAACUAUCAGUGUUUAACCGUGAUGCAUCUCCUGGUGAUAUUUGUGCUAUCUUAUGAGAAGUUGUGUGAUAAUUUUACCAAAACAUCGAAUAUCAACUGUAGUAGGUCUCGAAUUGGGUAAAAAGAUUACAAUCCUUGCCAAUGAAGCAUAGAUUCCUGUUGUAUAUAAAUACUCGAAUGGUUGAGUCAUAUUCGCAUAUUUCCAUUGGCAUUCAGCCUGGCACUCACUUUCCAAUUUCCUGCUAUUUUCUUCAUAGUUUUAGUAUAAAUUAUCUAUGUGAGACAUGACGGUACCAUUUUGUUCGUCAAUCAAUUGGUAUAUUUUACAAUUAUAGACUUUUAAUUUAUGAUGACGAAAAAAGAUUUGUAAAACUGCUAUGAUGAAAGAUAUUUCUUCCACCCCAAAAAUGAGUUUCAUAUAAAAUUUCAGGUCCUUGUUGGGCAUUAUCGACAACUACUUUGAUGGAUACUAUUCUGAGGAGAUGAUUGAAUCUCAGGUGAUUUGUUACUUUUUUUUUUGGUUGUCUUGCAUUAUAUUGAAUAAUUAUGUCAAAUAGUGGACAAUUUUAGUUUCUAUAUUUCGUGAUAACUUUUUUGAGCAUUAUUCAGGUAGACCAACUUGUUUUUGAGGAGUUGGUUCGUGAGAGAUUUCCGAAAUUAGGUUUGUAGUUUACCAAGCUUUCUCUUAUUGAUGGAAUUUCAUAUGGUUCUGCCAUCAUCAAUGUAUUUUUCUGCUUUAAAUAUAUGAUUUCCUAAUUUGAAAAAGUAUUCUCAGUUAAUCAUCUGGACUAUCUCGGAGUGCAAGUGGCAUGGGUUACUGGACCGUGGUUCCUUUCAAUCUUUGUGAACAUGCUUCCUUGGGAAAGUGGUCAGGUUUUAUUAAUUGUACAUUGUUAGCAUGAAUAUCUUUUCUUAUGUUUCAAGUGUUUGUAAUUUUAAUGUGAUAUAUUUUUCUCUCUGGAAAUGGCAGAUGCUUCAUGUCAUAUUAUUUCUUAAUUUUACGAAAUCACUUCUGUGAUACAAUCCAUCUCUUAUUUUCUUUCUGAUUUCAGUUCUUCGUGUGUGGGAUGUGCUACUAUUUGAUGGAAAUCGUGUGAUGCUGUUCAGGACAGCCCUUGCUCUUAUGGAGUUAUACGGUACUGGGUAAUCCAUUUCUUGUUUCAUUAUCAUGUUUGAAAGUAGGGUAUAUCUGGAAGUUAUCAGCCUAUUUCACUAGUAAAAUUGUUCAGGGAACCCUUUGAAUUUCAGGUCCUGCACUUGUAACUACUAAGGAUGCCGGGGAUGCAGUCACACUGCUUCAAUCACUUGCUGGGUCGACAUUUGAUAGCAGCCAGCUUGUUUUGACUGCUUGUAUGGGAUAUCAAGGUGUGAAUGAGGCAAAAUUACGAGACUUGAGAAACAAGCAUCGCCCAGCCGUAAUAGCUGCUACGGAGGAGAGGUCCAAAGGAGUUCGUGAUUGGAGUGAUUCCCGGGGUCUUGCGUCAAAACUAUACAGUUUUAGACAUGACCCUGUGUCUCUUCUAACCGAGACGGUUCCAAAAGAAGGGUCAAAUGGAGUGAACGGAAAUGGAACAGAUAUUAAUGAAUUUAUUAGUGUGACUGGAGAUGGUGAGAUUGAUUUGAUUCCCGACCUUAAAGAUCAGGUAGCUUUUUGAAUACUUCAGUUUUCUGAGACUUUUAUUUUUGCAUACUUUUCUCUCGUAAAAAGAAGAGAAUUUUGCCGUUUUAUGUAGCUCCUUUCAGUGACAAUUUAUGUUGACGUGGAAUUAUUUUUAAAAAAUCACCUGUUCUCAAUAUCACCCGAUUCAUUUGUUGAUCGGCAAUAGGGCACAAGAAGAAUGAGACAUAAAAGUUUGUCACAUGCGUCAUGACAGAUACGAAAUAUUGGUUUCACAUAAAUUCAAAUCCUGAGAAAGUGAAAGGGAAGAAUGAAAGGACAAUUUAGUAAAUCAUAUGCCUUUUGGUAGCAAAUCUGUGCGCAUUUAUUUGAUUAGUAUCUUGAGCUUUGAGACAGUAACAUGUAUACUCGGCAUCUUUAAUGAUGAUUUUUAUCAUUUUUAACCAAGCUGAGCUUCUCAAUGAAAUUUUUGCAUCUUAACUAGUCGUUAAACAUGUCAUUGCUGUCUUUGCUUUAAAGGCAUUACUAUCAAGCUCUAUUUUCUAUGUACAUGGAACUGUGGAAAUCGCUAUAUUGUCUUCGCAUCCUGGGAAAAUAUGUUUUGUUUGUUUCCCUAAAAGAGUGUUUUCGACGGCACUGGAUGCCUUCAUGCCUGGUUUUUCUUUUUUUGUUCUUGUUUGAUGCAGGGGGGGGUGGGGAGACUUGUUUCUUGAGUCAUUUAGAAAAACUCUUUUUUCUUCCACUCGCUGAUGCAUCACUUCUUGAGCACUGUGCUGAUACCUCCAUACUUGAUAUAUUUUUUGAAAAGUGGACAAAAAAAUCUUGCUCACUCUCUAAAUUACCAUGUCUUCCUUCAUCUAAGACCUUUUUUUGAAAUUGGGUGCCAUUCCAGGUUGUAUGGUUGAAGGCAGAGUUAUGCAGAUUAAUGGAAGAGAAAAGAUCAGCACUUCUCCGGUUUGUAGAUUUACUUCUUGACCGCUGUCCGCAAUUAAACUUCAUUGAACAUUUAUUGCAUCAGAUUGAGAAACUGGAGAAAAAUAUAUAUAUUUUUGGUCAUUAUACCUUGGUUAUUUUAUUCAUUACCAACCACACCGAUGUUGGAAGAUUUAUCCCCCAUGAUGUGAUCACGUGCACAUGAUGUUUUCGAGGUAAAUAGUGAAGGUAAUUUUCAAUCGGAGAAAGCUCCCAAUGGCUCUGUUCCUGCUGUUACCUAUCUGUCUUCUUUUAAAUGCCUUUUGAAGGAACACCGGCAUCAGAGACCUGUUACAUUGUUAAACUGUGUUCCCAACGUUUCAACUGUGUUCACUUUUUUGUGCAUAGCUUUUUUUAUCGUUGUUUCUUCUUUCCGUUUACUAUUUUGUCACUAGUUUAGGAAACCCAGUUCCUCAGUUGAAACGUUUGCAUAAUUGCUGAAAUUGUUCAAUGGAUUCAACGUGUCAAGUCAUGUGCAGUUUGUAUACCGUUUUUGAAACUUAAAACAAGCUUUAAAACUGAACUGACAGAAGAUAGUUAAAUCUUAAAUUUUAGUGGCGGAUCUCUUUAAGUGGGAAUUAUCUCAUCUGAGAACGGACAUUUGAGACAAGAAUAUAAAUAGUAUUUAGGGUAAAAGGAUAAAUUCGUGAGACCACUUUCAUCUACUAUGAUAUUUCCAAUCUUGGUGACCAUCCUCAGAAAGGCGUCUUUCUUUGUGAUGUAAAUCCAUUUCUGAGUUCCGGUCCUCUUGUUGGGCAGAUCUGAGGAGCUUGAGACAGCAUUGAUGGAGAUGGUCAAGCAGGAUAACAGACGGCUUUUGAGUGCCAAGGUAUGCGAUCCGUUUCAUGGGGUCCUCUAUUAUUACUUACAUUGAUUUCGGGUUAAAAAUUUAAUAUUCUGGCACCUGUAAGCAUUUUUCAAAUCCUUGCUACCUUACCAUUGAUGACUGGAUGAGAUACUAAUUCGGAGGAUUUAAGGAGCAAGUAAAUGCAUAUCAAACUUUGUUUUUGGCCCUUUGGACGGUUAAUCUCACAUCCGGUGUGGGAUUAAUGACGUCAUCUAUCUCCCUUGCUUUCGGGCUCCAUACCAUGUCUCCCUCCUGUGCCUGCAUCUUGCCGCCAUAUGCAUGUGCCGCAUCAUUGCACGCUCUCGUUGUGCUGCCGUCCACCUCCGCCAUGCCGUCAAGCUCACGUGCCAUCGUGCGCCGAUUGUGCCAGCUUAUGAAUCUAUGAGCUUUGAAUUUUUCAAGUGCAGCUGAUCAAUGUAGCCUGUUGUGCCAGACGGGUCUUCCCUUCCCAGAAGAUUUACUAGUAAUUUCUCAGUUCUCUUGUAAUGGGUAUUUCAGUCUCAAGAUGUUUUUAUGUCUAGUGUUCAGGCCGGCAUCAGCAAGAUCAAGUCCACUCUUUUUAUGAUUUUUCUGUCAUAUAUAUUCCCUUAAAUCGGCAACGCAUUGUUUUCUGUAUUACUGAACGUAUAGUCAAUCAAUAGGUCGAACAAUUAGAACAAGAAGUGGCUGAAUUGCAGCAAGCACUUUCUGACAAGCAGGAGCAAGAGCUCGCCAUGCUUCAGGUUGUUUUUCUUCUCUACCCGGCACCUCUUACCAUGGAACUCGUCUACGAUCAGUUCUUAGCUUCUGCUCGUCUUCUUGCAAUCAUUUGAUUCGAUCAUCUUUCUCAUGUUUCCCUGUUUUCUGAGUACUGUGUAGGUUUUGAUGAGGGUCGAGCAAGAACAGAAAGUGACGGAAGAUGCCCGCAUAUAUGCCGAGCAAGAUGCUGCAGCCCAGAAAUAUGCUGCUCACGUGCUUCAGGUUCCCCUUUUUGGUUCUCUGUUCUUCUCUUUCCUAUUGAAUGCCUUCUGGGUUUGGGUCUCUUGGGGCUUAUCUACCUCAAGAACAGUAAUAUUAAGUAGUUAAUAAAUGUAAAUUAAUAUUUAAAAUGUAAUAUAAAGAAGUUAAUGUGCAAGAACAAUGGAUAAUAUAUAUAUAUAUAUAUAUUAUCCAUGGUAGAUAACUCAUACUAAGUCAGGGAAUAUAUAUAUAUAUGUGUGUGUGUGUGUUGUUAGUUAGAGUAUUGUUUGCAUUCCAUAAUCUUUUUGAGUGCAGGAGAAAUACGAGGAGGCCAUGAUGUCGCUUGCCCAGAUGGAGAAGAGAGCGGUGAUGGCGGAAACGAUGCUGGAGGCUACGCUGCAGUACCAAUCCGGGCAGAUGAAGGCUCAGCAACCUCCCCCUCCAUCUCCCAGGUAUAAACCCACCACCACCUACGUUUUCACUAUCUCAAUAAAUAAAUAAAUAAUAUUGUCUUAAUAAUCCGGGCAGAUGCUGGAGGGGGUGUUGACUAAUUGAGAUACUUACUGUCUGAUGAUCGAUUCUAUGGCAGAUCUGGGCAGACGGCUCUUGCGCAUGGGCAGGUCAAUCAAGACUCUUCGCAGCACGAGACCCCCGCGAGGAAGAUUGGCUUGCUUUCUAGGCCCUUUGGGCUCGGCUGGCGCGACAGGAACAAGGUACCCAUCUCUCUCUCUCUCUCUCUCUCUCUCUCUCGCUACACGGUAAUAAGAGGAGAUUUCUCUCUGUGUCUGGCUCAACAGGGGAAACCUGGCAACAGUGCCGAGGAGGCGACCGCGACCGAGACCAAGACCUCGAACGAGCGGGUGGAGGGUCAAAGUUCCACGGCCGAAGGCGAAGGGCCCACCCCCACCCACGACCCGGCGAGGUAG